UCCGAGGGUUUGGCGCUGACGCAGCAGCGGCCACCCUGCGCUCGCGCGCGUGUCUUCCUUCGUCUUUUUCUCCAGAGAUGGGUUUCCAAGCGACGUGGACGCGCGGCGACUUUUCCGUUCAUUAGCCGGAGCGUGUGCACGCGCAGGCUGUCAAUUGUGUUACUUUGGUCAGUGUGUGUGUGUGUGAAUAUUGAAUUUAUUCCAUGUUUCUGUCGAUGAGGGAAUUCACUUUUAUUCCAAACAUUUCAGAACCGCUCUGUGUGUGUUCGUGUGGAAGUGAUGUAUCUAUUCCAUGGUGAAGUCAUCUCGGGGAAUCGUUCAUGGUCUGACCACUGUGCAUCUGACUGUACACGCCACUCUUUCUGAAAUCACAUUACUUUUGCUUGACACUGCUGAACAGAGAGAGCGACAACACACCAUGCAGCGACUUGCACAAAUCUCUUGCACACACAAAAUGGAGCCCUGAGUUCAGUUGUUGACCUUUAACCUCAGUGAACCUUCAGUUGUCAUGAUUCGUGGCUCAACAUCGUGACAAGUGUGUUGAUGAAACAUGAACGUCGUCGUAGUGACGAGUGUGUCGGUGAAGGGUCAGCGUCGUCGUGGUGACGAGUGUGUCGGCGAAGCGUCAGCGUGGUGACGAGUGUGUCGGUGAAGCAUAAGCGUGGUGACGAGUGUGUCGGUGAAGCGUCAGCGUGGUGACGAGUGUGUCAGUGAAGCGUCAGCGUGGUGACGAGUGUGUCGGUGAAGCGUCAGCGUGGUGACGAGUGUGUCGGUGAAGCGUCAGCGUGGUGACGAGUGUGUCGGUGAAGCGUCGGCGUGGUGACGAGUGUGUCGGUGAAGCAUAAGCGUGGUGACGAGUGUGUCGGUGAAGCGUCAGCGUGGUGACGAGUGUGUCGGUGAAGCGUCGGCGUGGUGACGAGUGUGUCGGUGAAGCAUAAGCGUGGUGACGAGUGUGUCGGUGAAGCGUCAGCGUGGUGACGAGUGUGUCGGUGAAGCGUCGGCGUGGUGACGAGUGUGUCGGUGAAGCAUUAGCGUGGUGACGAGUGUGUCGGUGAAGCGUCGGCGUGGUGACGAGUGUGUCGGUGAAGCGUCGGCGUGGUGACGAGUGUGUCGGUGAAGCAGGGAGAAAAGCGGAUGUGAGGGCUGUCCAACUCUGAUCUUCACAACUCAAGAGUUUCCAGGUUCAGAUGGGGCUUCACGGUUAGUUUGCUCUGCCUGGAGUCAAAGCUGAUCCACAAACGGCUCAUGCUGCCGUCGUGCACUAACAGCUGACUGUUUAGUCUGUUUCCUCCUGGACGGCUCUCCUUUGCCCCGCCCCAUCUGCAUGCCAUGUGUGGCACGGACGAUCGGCAGGUUUGCUUCCCGCAGAGGUUCAUGAAACACGUCCAGUCAGAAGCAGACUGGCCUUGUUGUCCCACUCUUAUCAUGGCACGUCAGUGGUGUGAAGCGGAGGAACUGGAACACCUCCACUUGCCAAAGCUGCCCUCAUCAGACGCGGUGGUCACAUGACUGCUCUGCAGGUUGGUCUGCCCCGUCACUGCCCCCUGUUGGGACACCCACAGCCACAGCUUUGACAAGGUCCUUCCUCUGAAUGUGUGUGUGGUCCCAGGGAGGUCACUGAGUCACGCAACAAACGGCCUGAAGCUUCUGUGUCAACACUGUGAGGUUGGGCUGCUCAGCAACAGGUGUCCCGCUAGUGGAGCGCCAUCUUCACCUGCACUGCAUGAGAGACUGGUCAGCGUGCGGGCAGCAGCAGGAUCAGGAUGUCAAGAUGGCCGGCUGUGUGUUUCCGAUGGGACCUGAGAGCUUUCAGCGCUUCACGCCAGACUCCCUGGCUGCCAUCGAGCGGCGCAUCGCUGAAGAGGAGGCCCGACGCAACAAACACUACCAGGAGGAUCUGGGGGAUGUGGAGCUCCCUCGACCUCGGGCGGAUCUGGAGGCGGGGAAACAGCUGCCGCGGAUCUUUGCCGACACGCCGCCUCACCUGGUGGGAGUCCCCCUGGAGGACAUUGACCCAUACUACUCCCGAGACAAGCGGACCUUCAUCGUCCUGAACAAGGGCAAGGCCAUCUUCCGCUUCAGUGCCACCUCAGCCCUCUACAUCUUCAGCCCCUUCCACCCGGUCCGCCGUGUCGCCAUCAAGAUCCUGGUCCACUCCUUGUUCAGCCUCUUCAUCAUGUGCACCAUCCUCACCAACUGCUGCUUCAUGGCCAUGUCGGAGCCUGCCAACUGGGCCAAGUACCUGGAGUACACCUUCACUGGAAUCUACACCUUCGAGUCGCUCAUCAAGAUCCUGGCGCGGGGCUUCUGCGUGGGGCCCUUCACCUUCCUGAGGGACCCCUGGAACUGGCUGGACUUCAGUGUCAUCAUCAUGGCAUAUGUCACUGAGUUUGUGGACCUGGGUAACGUCUCAGCCUUGAGGACGUUCAGGGUUCUGCGAGCGCUCAAAACCAUCUCAGUCAUUCCAGGCCUGAAGACCAUCGUGGGCGCGCUGAUCCAGUCGGUGAAGAAGCUGGCCGACGUGAUGAUCCUCACCGUCUUCUGCCUCAGCGUCUUCGCGCUCAUCGGCCUGCAGCUCUUCAUGGGGAACCUGCGGCAGAAGUGCGUCCGCAGCGCCGCCCACUGCGUCAACGACUCGCUGCCCGCUAACGCCACCUUCUACUGCAACAACAAGACCUGGACCUCCAUCAGGGAGUUCAUCAACGACGAGGAAAACUUCUACAAGGUGGAGGGGGCCAAGGACGCGCUCAUCUGUGGCAACAGCAGCGACGCCGGGAAGUGCCCGGACGGGUUUGAGUGCCUGAAGGCGGGAAGAAACCCAAACUACGGCUACACCAGCUUCGACACGUUCGGCUGGGCCUUCCUGUCCCUGUUCCGCCUGAUGACCCAGGACUACUGGGAGAACCUCUACCACCAGACGCUGCGCUCGGCAGGGAAAACCUACAUGGUCUUCUUCGUGGUGGUGAUCUUCCUGGGCUCCUUCUACCUGGUCAACCUGAUCCUGGCCGUGGUGGCGAUGGCCUACGAGGAGCAGAACCAGGCUACCAUCGCCGAGGCCUGUCAGAAGGAGCGCGAGUUCCAGCAGGCGGUGGAGCGGCUGAAGCGAGAGCAGCAGCUGGCGGCGCAGAAGGCUCUGGACUCGGACUCCAUGAUGUCGCCGGACCUUUCGCCCUACUGCCCGGCAGUGGGCAGCGCCGACCAGCGAAGACGCAGUCUGAUGGGCGUGGCCGACUGUGAGGCCAACCUGUCCGAGGAGAGGCUCCUUCAGGUGGACCUGCUGGAGGCUGGGAAGCCGCUGCACCCGCUCCUGGCCCGCUCCUUCUCCUCCAGGACCCGCCGCAGCAGCCAGGUCUCCUCCAUUUUCAACUUCCGGCUGAGGAGCAGCCGCGGCUCCGAGGCUGAGAUGGCGGACGACGAGUUCAGCGUCCCGGGGGACGUGGUGGAGGCCGGCGGGAGCCGGACCUACAGCGGGGGCACGUUCGGCGGCAUCCUGUCCCAGCCUUGGCUCAAACGAAGGCCCAGCACCUACAGCACGGCCAGCCGCAGCUCCCAGGUCUUCUAUCCUACGCUCAAUGUGAAUGGGAAACUCUUUGUCUCCAUGGACCAGAAUGGAGUUUCACCCCCACCGCUGCAGGGGGCGCUGGCUGCCUGCACCAUGGAGAAGGUUAACGAAGAGAGCGUCCCCACCUCCACCACGGAGCUCAGCACCAUGCUGCUCCCCCGCCCCUCCUCCGUCGGGGACUCGGAGCAGCGCGGGCGAGCGCUCAGCGCCGCCAGCUAUCUCACCGACGCCAUGGAAGAACUGGAGGAGGCCCACAAGAGAUGCCACCCCUGCUGGUACUCCUUCGCCCACCGCUACCUUGUGUGGGAGUGCGCCCCCUGGUGGCUGCAGCUGAAGCAGCUGGUGAAGAUGAUGGUGAUGGAUCCGUUCCUGGACUUGGCCAUCACAGUCUGCAUCGUCCUCAACACGCUCUUCAUGGCCAUGGAGCACUACCCCAUGACGGACGAGUUCAACGGCAUGUUGAGCAUCGGCAACCAGGUUUUUUCUGGGAUCUUCACAGCUGAGAUGGUUCUGAAGAUCAUCGCUCUGGACCCAUACUACUACUUCCAGACUGGCUGGAACAUCUUUGACAGCAUCAUUGUGUGUCUUAGUCUGAUGGAACUGGGGCUGUCAGACGUGGAGGGACUCAGUGUGCUGCGCUCCUUCAGACUGCUGCGAGUCUUCAAGCUGGCGCGCUCCUGGCCGACGCUCAACACACUCAUCAAGAUCAUCGGGAACUCCAUGGGUGCACUGGGGAACCUGACCCUGGUGCUCGCCAUCAUCGUCUUCAUCUUCGCUGUGGUCGGCAUGCAGCUGUUUGGGAAGAGCUACCAGGUGAGCCUUGACCUUCUGAGCCAGCGCUUUGGCCCCCAGCCCACGCCCUCUGCCGCCCCCCUGCAGGACUGUGUGUGUAAGAUCUCGCGCGACUGCUUGCUCCCGCGCUGGCACAUGAAGGACUUCUUCCACUCCUUCCUCAUCGUGUUCCGGGUCCUGUGCGGCGAGUGGAUCGAGACCAUGUGGGACUGCAUGGAGGUGGCGGGUCAGCCGCUCUGCAUCCUGGUCUUCAUGCUGGUCAUGGUCAUCGGAAACCUGGUGCUGCUGAACCUCUUCCUGGCUCUGCUGCUCAGCAGCUUCAGUUCAGACAAUCUCUCAGCUCCAGAUGACGACGGCGAGAUGAACAACCUUCAGAUCGCCAUCCACCGCAUCACGCGAGGCCUGGGCUGGUGCCGCCAGCAGGUGGUGGACUUCUUCAACGGGAACCUGAAGCGUCGUCGUCAGAAGAGGAAGCAAGCCAAGGUCAUGAUGAAGCUCAAACGUCUGAGCUCGGUGCGAGCCGAGGCCAACGGCGCUGUCAUCGGUCGACAGGUGGAGAAGUACGUGGCUCCGCAGGACGACAGCUACAUGACCAACCCCAACCUGACCAUCAGCGUGCCCAUCGCCCCCGGGGAGUCGGACGUGGAGUUCCCUGAGGAAGAGGAGGAGGAGGAGGAGGAGGAGGAGGAAGAGGAGGAGGAGGAGGGGGAGCGGGGCCGCAGAUCUGAGGAGGAGGAGGAGGAGGAGGAGGAGCCUGAGGAGCAGGAGGAGGACGUCAGCCUGUCGGAGGGCAGCACGGUGGACCUGAGGAAGGCGGGCGAGGAGGAGGACGAGGACGAGGAGCUGGCGGAGGAGGCCCUGGACCCUGAGAACUGCUUCCCCGACAUGUGUGUCUCCAGGUUCGGCUGCUGCGACGUGGACACGUCGGCUGGACUCGGUCAGAUCUGGUGGCGAGUGCGGAAAACGUGCUACCAGAUUGUGGAGCACAGCUGGUUCGAGACCUUCAUCAUCUUCAUGAUCCUGCUCAGCUCCGGAGCGCUGGCCUUCGAGGACAUCUACAUCGAGCAGAGGCCGGUGAUCAAGGUGGUGCUGGAGUUCGCCGACAAGAUCUUCACCUACGUCUUCAUCCUGGAGAUGCUGCUCAAGUGGCUGGCCUACGGCUUCAAGAAGUACUUCACCAACUACUGGUGCUGGCUGGACUUCCUCAUCGUGGACGUGUCGCUGGUGAGUCUGGUGGCCAACACGCUGGGCUACUCUGACUUGGCUGCCAUCAAGUCCCUGCGGACCCUGCGGGCGCUGCGGCCCCUGCGGGCGCUCUCCAGGUUCGAAGGCAUGCGGGUGGUGGUGAACGCUCUGAUCGGGGCCAUCCCCUCCAUCAUGAACGUGCUGCUGGUCUGCCUCAUCUUCUGGCUCAUCUUCAGCAUCAUGGGCGUCAACCUGUUCGCCGGCAAGUUCGGCCGCUGCGUCAACCGCACGGGCCACGUCUACGACGCCGCCGCCAUCAACAACAGGUCCCAGUGCGAAGCGCUCAACGACACCUCGCUGUACUACUGGACCAAGGUCAAGGUCAACUUCGACAACGUGGGCGCCGGAUACCUGGCUCUGCUGCAGGUGGCCACGUUCAAGGGAUGGAUGGAGAUCAUGUACGCAGCCGUGGACUCCAGAGCGGUGGAGGAGCAGCCCAUCAAGGAGAUCAACCUUUACAUGUACCUCUACUUUGUCAUCUUCAUCAUCUUCGGCUCCUUCUUCACCCUCAACCUCUUCAUCGGAGUCAUCAUUGACAACUUCAACCAGCAGAAGAGAAAGUUGGGGGGGCAGGACAUCUUCAUGACGGAGGAGCAGAAGAAGUACUACAACGCCAUGAAGAAGCUGGGCUCCAAGAAGCCACAGAAGCCCAUCCCCCGGCCGCUGAACCGGGUCCAGGGCUUCUUCUUCGACCUGGCCGGCAAGCAGGCCUUCGACAUCAUCAUCAUGGUGCUGAUCCUGCUCAACAUGAUCACCAUGAUGGUGGAGACGGACGAGCAGCCGCCGCAGAUGGAGCAGAUCCUCAACAACGUCAACCUGGGCUUCAUCGUGGUCUUCACCGCCGAGUGCAUGGUCAAGAUCCUGGCGCUGCGCUGCUACUUCUUCACCGUGGGCUGGAACAUCUUCGACUUCGUGGUGGUGAUCCUCUCCAUCGUGGGCAUCGUGCUGGCCGACAUCAUCGAGAAGUACUUUGUGUCGCCCACGCUGUUCCGCGUGAUCCGCCUGGCCCGGAUCGGCCGCAUCCUGCGUCUGAUCCGCGGCGCCAAGGGCAUCCGCACGCUGCUCUUCGCCCUCAUGAUGUCGCUGCCGGCGCUCUUCAACAUCGGCCUGCUGCUCUUCCUGGUCAUGUUCAUCUACGCCAUCUUCGGCAUGGCCAACUUCGCCUACGUCAAGCGGCAGGCCGGCAUCGACGACAUGUUCAACUUCGAGACCUUCGGCAACAGCAUGAUCUGCCUGUUCCAGAUCACCACCUCGGCCGGCUGGGACGCUCUGCUCAGCCCCAUCCUCAACACGGCGCCGGAGGAGUGCGACGCCCACGCGCCGCACACCGGCACCGGCGUGCGCGGCAACUGCGGCAACCCCUCGGUGGGCAUCGCCUUCUUCGUCACCUACAUCAUCAUCUCCUUCCUCAUCGUGGUCAACAUGUACAUCGCCAUCAUCCUGGAGAACUUCAGCGUGGCCACGGAGGAGAGCACCGAGCCGCUGAGCGAGGACGACUUCGAGAUGUUCUACGAGGUCUGGGAGAAGUUCGACCCCGAAGCCACGCAGUUCAUCGAGUACGCCAAGCUGUCCGACUUCGCCGACUCGCUGUCGGAGCCGCUGCGCAUCGGCAAGCCCAACAAGAUCAAGCUGAUCUCCAUGGACCUGCCCAUGGUGAGCGGCGACAAGAUCCACUGCCUGGACAUCCUCUUCGCCUUCACCAAGCGGGUGCUGGGCGAGUCGGGCGAGAUGGACGCGCUCAAGCAGCAGAUGGAGGAGAAGUUCAUGAUGGCCAACCCCUCCAAGAUCUCCUACGAGCCCAUCACCACCACUCUGCGCCGCAAGCAGGAGGACGUGUCCGCCGUGGUCAUCCAGCGCUGCUACCGCCGCCACCUGGUGCGCCGGCAGGUCAGGGCCGCCUCCUACAUGUACCGCCAGAUCACCACGCCGCGCCACGCGCCGCCCGCCGAGGACCCGCCCGAGAAAGAGGGUCUGAUCGCCGCCAUGAUGCGGGAGAACUACGGCUCGGGCCGCUCCCAGAGCGCCUCGCCGCCCUCCUACGACAGCGUGACCCGAGCCACGUCCCACGUCUCGCACACGCCGGCGCCGCCCGGCCGGCAGGAGUCGUCCGACCCUUAGCACAUGCAAAAAAGAAACCACACGGAAAAAGAGGUCUUUUGUUUCCUGAAUGUAGCCGCGGCGAGGACGCCACUACCGUGCAAGCUCUUCAGCCAACAUUGCCCAAAACCUCGCUGGGCUUCGGGACGUCUGGACGAGGACCUCCUCCCUCCACAUGUUAGCCCAGGUUAGCUAGCCGCGCCGGCGGGAAGCCCACGUGUUUGCUAGUCCCUCUGACUUUGAUGUCUUUCCGUAGCGGGAACCGUUACGGCGCUUUUUUGAUACUUUGUAGAGGAAGCUCCAGCAGAGUCGUGACCUUGAAGGCGAGACACAAGGACGAGAGGACGCCACCUUGUUCUGUCCAGCGAUGUUUGCACUUCUGACUUGACGACUUGAAGGUUUCCGUUGUGUCGGCAGAACGCAACGGUCCCGUGAGUGUCUCCCACACAACGCCCCCGCUCGCACCCGUCCACACUCUGGCCGCCGCCUUUCCUUGUUUUACGCACGCAAAGUGGCGAGAAGCUGCAGCAGGAGAAUCGGCGACUUCCCGGUCAGCGCCGCCUGGAGAGGGCGCCUGAGAGCAAGCUCCUUGACUGAUUUGUUGCUGGGAUGCCGCUCGCUGGCGCCGCGCGCUCUCUCUGCCCCUCUCUCUUUUGCACAGAACACAAACGCGUCCAGCAAUAACGGUGGGCUCCAACACGGCGGAGUGCAGGUCGAGCUGAAGGGCUGAUUCCGUAGCAAUAGACCGCGAGUGUGCCUGCGCACGCUCACGCCCCCAGACAAGUGCUAUUAUCCUGCCACGCCCCCGUCGCCGCCUGAUGACGUCACAACCUUCCGCUCCUUUUUUUACUGUUCGUAGGUUGAGAAAUGGUAUGUUUUUAAUCUGACGUUCAUCCAGCAGCAUUUCAGGCUCCUCCAACAGGAGCAGCAGGUUCACGUGGACCGUGGUGCCGAGUCGCUCCAUGUUGUUGGAUUCCAGAAGAAAAACACAUUAUCACAUUUAAAAAACACACACACACAUAUAUAUUGUCAUAAGUGAAGAAAACCUUAGCCACGCGAUACAACCGCGGACCAGUAAACAGCAGUUGGUAAAACAUGCACCAUUUCCGGUUCCGACAGCGGAACGUCCGGCGGUGUGUUGUGACAUCAACACCCCGCGACCCCCCCCCCCCCCCCCCCCCCUCCACGUGUGUGUGACGUCAGCCGCUGCGUCACGACGACAGCUUUGUUGACUGGAGACCUCGGUCCCCACACGACAGAAGGUCUCGGCCAGUGUUGGUCCAGUCGCCGCGGGGCCCGUGCGCGACUCACGUUCACCCCACCAGAAACGCAACAGGUGUCACGCGCCACGUCACUGGACUCCGGGCCUGCGGCUCCCACGGUGGCGUGAGGGUUUAGAUGCAGUAAUACACAGAUGUUAACACCUUAUAUCAGGUUUUUAGGACUUUGAAUUGGCAACUUUAUAGAACUUUGCAAUUUCAUGUCGGAAUAUAA